UUUUCCAUUUUUUUUUUGAACCCGUAUAAAAAGUUGAGGUCCUUUUUGAUCUUUUUUCUCUCGCUUGUUUCUUUCAAAAUUACACACCAUUCCAUCGUCUUUUAUUCUUCUCGGACUGCCGCCAAUCUCUCCUCUGCAGCAUAAACAAAACCAGUAUGUCUCUUCAAGGAAAGACGCUUUUCAUCUCUGGAGCCAGCAGAGGCAUCGGUCUGGCGAUCGCAUUGCGUGCGGCUAGGGAAAAGGCCAACAUUGCCAUCGCCGCCAAGACCGCUACACCCCAUCCCACUCUCCCAGGAACGAUCUACACUGCUGCAGAGGAGAUUGAGAAGGCUGGUGGCAAAGCUUUCCCAAUUGUUUGCGACAUUCGCGAGGAAGACCAGGUCCAGGACGCCAUUGAGCAAACUGCGAAGAAGUUUGGCGGUAUCGAUAUUUUGGUGAACAAUGCAUCCGCCAUCAGCUUGACCGAUUCCCAGGCGACGACGAUGAAGAAGUAUGACUUGAUGCACCAUAUCAAUGGCCGCGGCACUUUCAUGGUUUCGAAAUACGCGAUCCCACAUCUGAUCAAAUCCAACAAGAACCCGCACAUCCUCAACUUAUCGCCACCUUUGUCGAUGAAGGAGCAAUGGUUCAAGAACAACGUGGCCUAUACCAUGUCCAAAAUGAACAUGUCGAUGUGCGUGCUCGGACUGGCGGGUGAAUUGCGCCGACACAAGAUCGGUGUCAACGCAUUGUGGCCUCUCACACUGAUCGGGACCUCGGCACUCAAACUGGUCGGCGAUACCUCCAAGAUGUCGAUGCGCUCGCCAGAGAUCAUGGCAGAUGCUGCCUAUGAGGUGUUCUUGAAGGACGGAGCCAAGUUCUCGGGCAACUUUUUGAUCGACGAGCUGUUCCUGAGACAGGAGGGAUACACAGACAUGGACCAGUAUGCGCCUGGCGUCAGAAAGUUCACCCCCGAUUUUUUCAUCCCGGACGAGACGCUCAAGGAGAUUGAGGAGCUUAGGACAAAGCAGGGUUGGAACUGAGAAGAGGUCUGAACAAAUAGAAGAAAAAAAAAAGGCGAUCGUGUGUGAGAACAGCGCUUUCUUGCCGUGCCUGCGGUGCACAAAGACAGGUCAGGUUGGUUAGAGAAUGCAAGAAAAUAAACACUUUCCAACGUCGUACGCGA